AUGCCAGUCCCAACGAACAACGGGAUACCACCGUCCGAUAAUUGGGUCUUGGAAGACGAAACAUUGGCGGAAAUAGGCUGUUCAGGGCAUGGAAGAGCCUACAUGGAUGGGUUGGUUGGUGAUGAAAAUGAACCGGUUUGUGAAUGCAACACAUGUUAUACAGCUCCCGACUGCUCUCACUUCAUACCUCACUGCACAGCAAACGCCGAUGGCGGAGAUCCAUUGUUUCUGGAACCUUUUUGGAUGCAGCAUUCAACUAGUAGUGCACUGGUAGUAUCAGGGUGGCAUCGAAAGAGCUAUAACUAUAACGACGACACCAAAAUCUCAAAACAACUGGAAGGGCUCAUCCGCAAGCUACAUGCAUUCGUCGGGAACGCCGUCACACGGAACAGAUAUAUCGUUUUAGGUGCAGGUUCGACCCAAAUCCUUAAUGCUGCAGCUUCCGCAUUGUCUCUCGAAAACACCUCCUCGCAUUCGCCUACACGAGUCAUCGCUUCCGUCCCCUACUACUCUCUCUACAAAGAACAAGUAGAAUAUUUCAAUGCGGAAAGAUUGGAGUUCGAAGGAGAAGCAUAUACAUGGAGGAAUAGAUCAGAUGGUAGGCCUAGUACAAAUGUCAUUGAGUUUGUAACUUCACCAAACAAUCCUGAUGGACGAUUAAACAAAGCGAUUGUUGGCGGGCCUAGUGUGAAAACAAUCUCUGAUCGUGCUUAUUACUGGCCUCAUUUUACACCAAUUCCAGCUCCUGCAGAUGAAGAUCUCAUGGUGUUUACACUUUCUAAACUUACUGGUCAUGCUGGCAGCAGAUUCGGAUGGGCAGUGAUAAAGGAUGAAACUGUGUUCAACAGAAUGGUCGCACACAUGGAUCUCAAUUCCAUGGGUGUUUCGAGAGACACUCAGUUAAGAGCUUUUAAGCUUUUGAAAGCAGUCCUGGAAGAAGGAACCGGAAUAUUCGACUUCGCGUACCGGACGAUGAAGACCAUAUGGGAAAGACUGGCUGCGACCUUAGCCUUGUCAAACCGCUUCUCCCUUCAGAAAUUUAAUCCUCAGUACUGCUCUUUUUACAGUAAAAUCAGUGACUUUUCACCAGCUUAUGCAUGGGUGAAACGUGAGAGAGAAGAAGAUAAAGAUUGUUAUGCAGUUCUCAAGGCAGCUAACAUCAUUGGUCGUCAAGGGAACAUAUUUGGUUCCGAAGAUCGAUAUGUUCGACUCAGCCUGGUCCGAAGCCAAGACGAUCUCGAUAUAUUAAUACAUCGUUUACGAGAAUUAGUAUCAGCCGGAACUAUGUGA